AACAUAUCCAUGUAUCAUCAUAUCUGAGGAAGAAAGAGGGAAGAGUGAGAGGAGAAGAUUUUCAAUUUCAUCAACAACAAAUGGGUAAGGAUCUGAGUGAGGAGCAAGUUUCUUCCAUGAAGGAAGCUUUCAGUCUAUUUGACACUGACGGUGACGGUCGGAUCGCACCGUCGGAGCUAGGGAUCCUGAUGCGGUCUUUGGGCGGAAACCCGACCCAGGCCCAACUCAAAGCCAUAGUGGCCGAAGAGAACCUCACGGCCCCAUUCGACUUCCCCCGAUUCCUCGACCUAAUGGCCAAACACAUGAAGCCCGAGCCCUUCGAUCGCCAACUUCGCGACGCCUUCAAGGUGCUCGACAAAGACUCCACUGGCUUCGUCUCCGUCUCCGAGCUCCGCCACAUCCUCACCAACAUCGGCGAGAAACUCGAGCCCUCCGAGUUCGACGAGUGGAUCCGGGAAGUCGACGUGGGCUCCGAUGGCAAGAUCCGUUACGAGGAUUUCAUCGCCAGAAUGGUCGCUAAGUGACACCGAUUAGGUCUUCUCUUUCUCCACUGUUCCGGUAUUGUCCUGUUUGUUGUGCUUCUAUUUUUAUGUUGUAUGUUGUGCAGUAGCUAACCGAGGGUGAUUUUAGGAAACGGUGGCUACUCAAUUUGACCUUUGUUUUGGGUUUAUUUGUAUUAUGAGAUCUGAUUCCGAACUAGUCUAUAUAUGCAUGCUGUAAUUGAGACCAAGUGUUUGUGUAUCUAAUCCUUUCUUCCUUGUUGUGCCACUAUCAAACCUGUGUUUUUGAUUUUGAGCCAAGUGGAAUGAUGAAAUAGAUGACGCUGUUCAA